GCGGGGGUGGCCGCGGGCAGUCCCGGUCCUUGCAGCCAGGGGCUGGCGGCGGACGCGGGCGGGCGAACCUCUGGCUUUUCCUGGGGCAUGUUCCUGCAGUGAGUUUGCUUCAGCAAACCUUUUGAUGCCUGACCUUCCUAUCCGGAUUAUAUAAAGUCUUGUUUAGAAAAUGGGUCCUACAGGGCGCCUCGUGACCAUCAAAAGGAGUGGGGUGGACGGUCCCCACUUCCCACUGAGCCUCAGCACCUGCUUGUUUGGAAGGGGUAUUGAAUGUGACAUUCGAAUCCAGCUCCCUGUGGUGUCAAAGCAGCACUGCAAAAUUGAAGUCAGUGGGCAGGAGGCGAUCCUGGUUAACUUGAGUUCCACCAGCCCGACCCAAGUGAACGGGUGUGUCGUUGCGGAGCCCGUACGCCUCAGGCACGGCGAUGUGAUCACGAUUGUCGAUCGGUCUUUCAGGUAUGAAAAUGAAAGUCAUCGGAAUGGAAGCGAGUCGACAGAAUCCCCGGGACAAAAACGCAAACAGGAUUCUCUGCAUCGGGUCUCAAGGUCUAGCUUCUCUUCUGACCCUGAUGGGAAAGUUCAAGAUUCCAAUGCCCAUUCAAAACUCUGUGAAGAAAAUGUUUCCGGAAGUCCUCUGGUACACGUCAAGAAUGGCAAAGCAGCCGCCUCGGAUGGUUCCAAAGAUCACGCUGCUAGAAAAUCCCUUAAUGCUGUCCGUUCCUCAGAACUUCCUGAAGAGAACUUCAGAAAUGCAAUGGAUCCUACAGCCAGGGAUUUUAAGGAAGAUUCCAGUGUUGUCUCAGUGAGCUGUCAUGGAGAACUGAAGACUUUCCCCUCUACAUGGUGUCCUGAGAAUAGUGAAAACCAGGAGUCUCCCUUUAGGGAGCUUUACGAGUCAAUGAAGGAAGAGUUUGACAUGAAAUCAGGAAAAGGAAAUGCUCCACAGAGUGGGAAAAAGUCGGGGUCGCAGAGUCAUCGUGCAUCAGAGAAUGAAUGUUCUGGUGAGCUACAAGACGGGACACAAGUCCUGGUCUCACUUAAAUCCAGACCGAGGUCGGGUCGAUUCACCCCAGUGAAGGCAGACCCUGCUUUGGGAGAACAAGGAACUAGCCAGACAGAGGACAGGAGAAAGGAUGAGGAGGCCCUUCAGACUCCCAAGGAGACCACGGGUCCCAGCAUCCCUCCUAAGGAGAUGACCAGAACCAAGACCCUGGUCCAUCAUUCUCCUCACCGUUCCUCACGAAAACGUCGGAGUGAAGACCUGCAUGUUCCCAGGGGAAGUGAACCCGUGAAUCCAGCUCAAAGGAACAGCUUCGGGACAGAUAACAAGACACUCACUCCUUGGAAGUUCUUAACCAGAAAUCCAACACCCACUAAAGUUGAAAAUGCUGAUAAUUUUGGAGCAACACCAGAAAAACUCCUGUCCAAGAAGAGGGCGAGUGUUCCCUCCAGUGUGGAUGUUCUUGCCUCAGAACCAGAAACUCAGACUCACACUGUUUUAGCUCCACUGCCCGUUCAAGUUGAAAGGAAGAGUCAGAGCAUUUCCGUGCACCAGCCUGAGAGAGUGGGCGCCACCACCGGGCCUUCGAGCUCUGGGUUCCCGGGCCGUAGUUCAGUUGAUAGCAGCAGCUCUGGUGACUCCAUUAAUAAGAUUGAGGGAACGCCCCUGAAAAGAAGGCGGGUCUCCUUCGGUGGUCGUCUGAAGCCGGAGUUAUUUGAUGAGAACUUACCUCCUAACACACCUCUCAAGAGAGGAGAGACCCCGAGAAGGUCUCUCGUCAGCCACACUCCCGCUGUCCUGAAGAAAAUCAUCAAGGAAUACCCUCAACCAUCAAGAAAAGAAGAUUCUUCAGAAAUCCGUUUGGAAGUUUGCACACAAGACCAGCGUAAGGGACCUCCAGCUCAGAAUCUGACGAGAACUUCUCCAGUGGCAAAUGACACCCGCCGUAGGUCGUCCAAGGUGCCCUCCGUCUCCAGGGGCAGCGCAUCUCCUCAUCCCACAGACACUCCCAAGAGGGGAGGCAGGAAGAGCGGCACCUUGCCUUCGAAGAGAGCUUCCAUCGAUCGGAGCCAACACGAGAUCUUGCAGAGGAUCUAUUCCAGAAGAAGGAGCGGCGCUUCUGAAGCCAAUUUAAUCGUGGCAAAAUCGUGGGCAGACGUCGUAAAACUCGGAGCCAAACAAACACAAGCUAAAGUGGUUAAACACGGCCCCCAGAGGCAGCCCAGCAAAAGGCACAAGAGAACGACCACUCCAAAGAAGCCUGUUAGCAAUGUUCACAGUCAAUUCAGCACAGGCCACGCCAACUCUCCUUGUACCAUAAUAAUAGGGAAAGCUCACAUCGAGAAGGUACACGUGCCCGCUCGGCCCUACAGAAUGCUCAACAACCUUGUGUUCAACAAGAAAAUAGACUUUAAUGAAGAUCUUUCAGGGUUAACUGAAAUGUUCAAGACUCCAGCCAAAAAGAAGCCACAAACAAUGAGCCCAUGCCCCAAGGCUUUUUCAAAUUCAGAGGACUUCAUCGGAAAGGAGUUUGAAGUACCCAAUUCGGGAGAAAAACCUCCGCUGUGCACUUCAGUAAAUUUUGGAGAAAAUGUAUUCCGCAUGACUCAGAGUAAACCUCAAGAGCCAUCCGAACACAGUCCUGCCAGCCCUCCCCUCAGAAGACCGGCUAUUCGAGUAAAUGCAAACAUGGAGAAGACUCCAGGGUUAGAGGCAGAGCCUCUGAAGGCGGCGUCAAGCGCAAACAGGUUUCGAAGGUCCACGGAGCUCAAAAACACACAGAUGCCAGGUCUAAGGCACAGCGACGAAGAAGCAAACACAGACUCUGCUGAGAACACGUCAGGGCAACGUCUGAGGAAAACUCCACAGCGAGGACAGAAACCAGAGGGAGCGACUGAGGAACGAGAGAGCUGUUUUGACACAUGUGAGAAAGCUAUCAAAUCAGAAGGUAGUUCUGAAAAGAUGGUAGCUGUGAGGAGAUCAAGAAGAUAUUCAGAGCAAAGAUGGGAUCCAAUAGCCAACCUGACCACCCUCAAGAGACAGCAGGACACAGAACCCAAGGAAGACCUGGGGGGCAUCCAAAAUCUCCCCCAAACCCCUACUCACACCCAAGAACCAAUGGAUGUGGGAAACAAAACCACAGAAAAGUGUCAGAAAUCUUCAAAACCAGAACUAGUUGGCAUGCCAGCCAGGAUGAACAUAGAGCUGAAGACCCCUCCCCAGAAAGUGAACCUAGAGGAAGAGUCCUCAGCUCUCAGGAAGUCCAUGCAAACGCCAGAGGAAAACAUCCCUGUGCACGGAGAACCAGAAGAUGGUGAUGAAGACAUCAAAUUGCUAAACAGAACCCCAAAGCAGGAAGUGUACUCUGCAGAAAAUGUCACUGGAAGCAAGAGGCGGUCAAGAACACCCAAGAGAAAUGCCCCGUCCUUAGAAGACCUGGCUGGCCUCAGAGAGCUCUUCCAAACUCCAAACCACACAGAAAAACCAAGGACUGACAGCAAAACCACCAAAGUCCCCUGCAAAUCUCCACUAGUAGAUCCAGUCCACACGCCAACAAGUAGAAAGAGACAGCUCGAGAUCCCUCUCCAGAAAGUGGACCUAGAGGAAGAGUCCUCAGCUCUCAGGAAGUCCAUGCAAACGCCAGGGGAAAACAUCCCUGUGCACGGAGAACCAGGAGAUGGUGAUGAAGACAUCAAAUUGUUUAAUAGAACCCCGAAGCAGAAAGUGCACUCUGCAGAAAAUGUCACUGGAAGCAAGAGGCGGUCAAGAACACCCAAGAGAAAUGCCCCGUCCUUAGAAGACCUGGCUGGCCUCAGAGAGCUCUUCCAAACGCCAAACCACACAGAAAAACCAAGGACUGACAGCAAAACCAGCACAGUCCCCGGCAAAUCUCCACUAGCAGAUCCAGUCAACACACCAACCAGUAGAAAGAGGCAGCUCGAGAUCCCUCUCCAGAAAGUGGACCUAGAGGAAGAGUCCUCAGCUCUCAGGAAACCCACCCGAACACCAAGGAAAGCCAUGCCCUCACACAGAGAACCAGGAGGUGGUGAUGAAGACAUCCGCUUGUUCAAGGAAACUCUGAAGCAGAAAAUGACCCCUGCAGAAAAUGUCACUGGAAGCAAGAGGCGGUCAAGAACGCCCAAGAAAAUGGUCCAGUCCUUAGAAGAACUGGAGGGCCUCAAAGAGCUCUUCCAAAUUCCAGAGCACACCCAGGACCCAGUGACUGAUGACAGAGCCACCACACUCCCCUGCAAAUCGCCACUAGCAGAUCGAGUCAACACACCAACAAGCAGAAGAAGGCAGCUCAAGACCCCUCCCCAGAAAGUGGACAUAGAGGAAAAGCCCUCAGCUCUCAGGAAGUCCACCCAAAUGUCAGGAGAAAGUGUGCCCUUAUACAAAGAACCAGGAGAUGGUGAUGAAGUCAUCAGAUUAUUUAACAGAAGUCCGAAACAGAAAGUGCACUCCUCAGAAAAUGUCACUGGAAGCAAGAGGCAGUCAAAAACACCCAAGAAAAUGGUCCAGUCCUUAAAAGACCUGGCUGGCCUCAGAGAGCUCUUCCAAACACCAAACCACACAGAUAAACCAAUGACUAACGACAAAACCACCAAAGUCGCCUGCAAAUCUCCACUAGCAGAUCCAGUCAACACACCAACAAGUAAAAGGAGGCAGCUCAAGACCCCUCCCCUGAAAGGAGACCUAGAGAAAGAUCUCAGGAAGCCCACCCAAACACAUGGGGAAAGCACACACUCACACGGAGAACCAGGAGGUGGUGAUGAAGACAUCAAAUUGUUCAAGGAAACCCCAAAGCAGAAGAUGACCCCUGCAGAAAAUGUCACUGGAAGCAAGAGGUGGUCAAGAACCCCCAAGAGAAAUGUCCCGUCCUUAGAAGACCUGGCUGGCCUCAGGGAGCUCUUCCAAACUCCAGAGCACACCCAGGACCCAGUGACUGAUGACAAAACCACCGAAGUCCCCUGCAAAUCUCCAUUAGCCGAUCCAGUCCACAAGCCAACAAGUAGGAGGCAGCUCAAGACCCCUCUCCAGAAAGUGAACCUAGAGGAAGAGUCCUCAGCUCUCAGGAACUCCACGCAAACGCCAGGGGAAAACAUCCCUGUGCCUGGAGAACCAGAAGAUGGUGAUGAAGACAUCAUAUUGUUUAACAGAACCCCGAAGCAGGAAGUGCACUCCUCAGAAAAUGUCACUGGAAGCAAGAGGCGGUCAAGAACCCCCAAGAGAAAUGUCCCGUCCUUAGAAGACCUGGCUGGCCUCAGGGAGCUCUUCCAAACUCCAAACCACACAGAAAAACCAAUGACUAACGACAAAACCACCAAAGUCGCCUGCAAAUCUCCACUAGCAGAUCCAGUCAACACACCAACAAGUAAAAGGAGGCAGCUCAAGACCCCUCCCCUGAAAGGAGACCUAGAGAAAGAUCUCAGGAAGCCCACCCAAACACAUGGGGAAAGCACACACUCACACGGAGAACCAGGAAGUGGUGAUGAAGACAUCAAAUUGUUCAAGGAAACCCCAAAGCAGAAGAUGACCCCUGCAGAAAAUGUCACUGGAAGCAAGAGGCGGUCAAGAACAUCCAAGAGAAAUGCCCCAUCCUUAGAAGACCUGGCUGGCCUCAGGGAGCUCUUCCAAACACCAAACCACACAGAUAAACCAAUGGCUGAUGACAAAACCACCACAGUCCCCGGCAAAUCUCCACGAGCAGAACGAGUCAGCACACCAACAAGUAGGAGGCGUCAGUUCGAGAUCCCUCUCCAGAAAGUGGACCUAGAGGAAGAGCCCUCCGCUCUCAGGAAGCCCACCCAAGCGCCAGGGGAAAGCAUUCCUUCACACGGAGAACCAGGAGGUGAUGAUAAAGACAUCCAAUUGCUUAACAGAACCCCGAAGCAGGAAGUGCGCUCUGCAGAAAAUGUCACUGGAAGCAAGAGGCGGUCAAGAACCCCCAAGAGAAAUGUCCCGUCCUUAGAAGACCUGGCUGGCCUCAGGGAGCUCUUCCAAACUCCAGAGCACACCCAGGACCCACUGACUGACGACAAAACCACCGAAGUCCCCUGCAAAUCUCCAUUAGCCGAUCCAGUCCACAAGCCAACAAGUAGGAGGCAGCUCAAGACCCCUCCCCAGAAAGUGAACCUAGAGGAAGAGUCCUCAGCUCUCAGGAAGUCCACGCACACGCCAGGGGAAAACAUCCCUGUGCCUGGAGAACCAAAAGAUGGUGAUGAAGACAUCAUAUUGUUUAACAGAACCCCGAAGCAGGAAGUGCACUCCUCAGAAAAUGUCACUGGAAGCAAGAGGCGGUCAAGAACCCCCAAGAGAAAUGCCCCGUCCUUAGAAGACCUGGCUGGCCUCAGGGAGCUCUUCCAAACGCCAAACCACACAGAAAAACUAAUGGCUGAUGACAAAACCAGCACAGUCCCUGGCAAAUCUCCACUAGCAGAUCCAGUCAGCACACCAAUGAGCAAAAGGAGGCGGCUCGGAACCCUUCCCCAGAAAGUGGACCUAAAGGAAGAGCCCUCAGUUCUCAGGAAGUCCCCCCGAACCCUAGGGGAAAGUGCGCCCUCACACAGAGAACCAGGAGGUGGUGAGGAAAACAUCAGGUUGUCUAAGGAAACUCCAAGGAAGAAGCUAGACCACGUAGAAAACGUAAGCAGAAGCAAGAAGGGGAUAAGAACGGGUAAGGAAAAGGCCCAAUUCCUAGAAGACCUAGUCGGUUUUAAAGAGCUCUUCCAAACCCCAGAGCACACCCGGGAACCAACAGCUCUUGUCAAAAGCACAGUAACGCCGGGCAGAUCUCCGCUGGCAGAAACCGUCAACUCAGCACCCCAGAGGAAGAGGUGUCGGAAGAUGCCUCAGAGGACGGCGGACUCCGAGAGAGAGCUCGCGCCUCUCGGGGAGCCCAUCCAAACGCCAGCGGAAGCCACACGCACACCCCGAGAGCCGGGGGGCGGGGAAGCAGGCAUCCGCUUCUUCAAGGAAACCCCAAAGCAGAAGAUGGACCCUGCUGAAAAUGUCACUGGAAGCAAGAGGCGGUCAAGAACCCCCAAGAGAAAUGCCCCGUCCUUAGAAGACCCGGCUGGCCUCAGGGAGCUCUUCCAAAGCCCAGAGCGCCCCCAGCACCCAGUGACGGACGACAAAACCACAGUCGCCCGCAAAUCGCCACUAGCAGACCCAGUCCACAAGCCGAUGAGUAGAAGGAGGCGACUCAAGACCUCUCCCCAGAAAGUGGACGUAAAGCAAGAGCCGUCAGCUCCCAGGAAGUGCACCCGAACGCGGGGGGCAAAGGCCCAGUCGGGCAGAGAAGCGGGAGGCCCUGGGGAAGACCUUGAACUGUUGGGUAAGGCUGCGGAGCAGGAAGGGCCUUCUGCGGAGAAUGGAGCCGGAAGCAGGAGAGGGUCAAGAACAUCCAAGAGAAAUGCCCCGUCCUUAGACCUGGCCGGCCUCAGGGAGCACUCCCAAAGCCCAGAGCACACCCAGGACCCAGUGACUGAUGACAAAACCACCCCAGUCCCCGGCAAAUCGCCACUAGCAGAGGCAGUCCACAAGCCAGCAAGUAGAAGGAGGCAAGUCCAGACCCUUCCCCAGCAGGCGGGCGUGGGGCGAGGGCCGGCAGCUCUGCGGACGUCCACCCGACGGCGCGGGCCAAGUGCGGUCUCCGGCCAAGAACCCGCCGGUAGCGACGGAGACGUCAGGUGCGUGAAUGACGCCGCAAAGCAGACCCUGAGCCCUGCAGAGAACGGAAUGCUCCGGAAAAGUCGGCGAAGAGCACCUAAGGAAAAGGCCCCGCCCCUGGAAGACCUGGCCGGUUCCCCGGAGCCGGAGCCGGAGCCGGAGCCGUCCCCCGGGCCCGAUCCCAGAGAGGACGCCCGAGAGGACGCGGGUGGCGUCAGGGCGGUUCCCGUGCACCCUCCGGGCGGGAGGCAAGCUGCGAGCGUCCCGCAGAGGAGCCUCAGGGCCCGUGGGGCAACAGCCCAGGAAGACCAGGGGCACCGCAGAGAGCCUGUCCGGUCUGGGAGGGAAGGCGGCGCUUCCCCGCCCUCCGAGAGGGAAGGAGGAACCGAGGAAGGUUCCACGGGAGCAAAGAGGCUGCGUUCCGUGACCCCGGCCCAGGACGCGGCGGAGGAGAAGCCGCCCCAGAAGAGGAGGAGGGCAGCUCCCCACGAGGGCUGUGACCCACCCGAGCCCCUGACAGUGAAGAAGAGGCUGAGGGUCGUGGCAGAGCCGAUCAGUCUCCCGGGAGACCCGCCCAGGAGCAGCAGGGAGGCUACGCGGCGGGCAGGAGAAGCGGCCGGCUCGCCCCCGAGCCAUCAGGGAAGGUCCCUGCGCUCUAGACGUCCAAAUAAGACCGAGGCAGAAGAGCAAAGACCCGAGCCUGUUGUAACAGAGACAGAAAAGCCGAAAACAAAAAGAAGUGACAAGAAGCCUUUGAAGACGUCCCAAGAGACAGCGUUACAAAGCCCGCAAGACGGGGCCAAGCAUGCGGCAUCUGGGGGCAAAGCCCGGGAAAGCAGAAUGUGUCUGAGGUCUGCGAGACCCACUAAGAUGCCCUCGCCGGACGUAGCCGAGGAGAAGCAAAGGGAGAAAAGAGUGGGUGUCCAGGAGAAGAAGCAGGAGGAAGAAGUAAGGCAACCUUCAGACCCCAUGCGUUUGAGAUCUAGAAAAAUCACAGUCCCUCCCGGAGGAAAGGCUUUGGAGAGUGAACCCCAGCAGAGGGUAACUCGGAAUGCCAAGAGAUGCGCUGAAAAUAUAAAAAAGGAUGAUGACAAUGUGUGUAUCAAGAAAUUAAGAACGAGAAGUCGUCGGGACAAUGAAGAUAUUUAGCUGAGAAGUUGAAAAGGGAAAAAAUAAUAAGUGCAGUCUAGUGAUAUAUUCUAGUAGGAUAUUUGGGUAAAUUUGAAAGGGAAUUUUGUAAAUAAUGCUAUUCAGGUGUUUAAGGAAAGAAAGCGUAGAACUUUCUGUCUCCGAGUGGUCUCUUCAUAAAGGCCACAUGGAGGUCACGAAGAGGACUGCUGGUCUCAUAAAGUGACAAAAAUAUCAGACUUGGUUUGGGGACGGAUGAGGGGGGCACGGGUUGGGACCCAGAAUAAUGCAGUGAAAUGAAGCCGUGACCUUUGUCACCCCCGUCCGUCCUUGACGGCCCCACACGCCAGCACUUGCCGCGCUGCUCUGUAAAUGCUUUCUGGUGGCCCAUGUCCCGCAUCAGAAUGUGAAAGCAGGGGCUUCUGUCCCUAGUCCCCAGCCCUGGGCAGGCACUCAGGAAACGCAAAUGAACAGGCCGAUGAACAAACUCCUCGGCUGCUUUUUUACCGGGGCGGGGAGGGGGUUACACACUGGGUAACUCACAAGGGCUGUUGGUCCCCUGUAUGGGACAGUUCUCAGAGUUCUCACCGUGGAAGGGAACACGCGUGGGGCCUGGAGGAGGCUGGUGGCCCCAGCUGCAGGGUGUGGGGGUCACUGGUGUCUUACCUUUUCCGCUUCAAGCAUCUCUCUCUGACCUGGGACUGCUCACAUCUGAGAAGGCGCCCGGCGCUGAGUCCCAGGCCGUGGGCCACGGUGCCCCUCAGCUCCGAACCGCCGUAGCUCUCCUAGUUUCGCAUUUUCCUCUUCUGUUUUCUGAGCUCUCCCGAAUCUGCGCCCACCAGCGCUUUCCCUGACUGCUCCUGCUGGCCGCCUUCUUUCCAGCACAUCCCCUUGUUCAGGAAAUGACCAAAACCAUCUUCCAAAAGAAGGACCUUAACUCUCGCGCUGUCCACGCGAGCCACGGCCCCUUCGGUCUCAGACCCAGACAGCCACGUGCCGGGCAUCUCCACCUCCACGUUCCACUGUCCUGUGCCUCUCGUGUUCCCUGGAUGAGAAGCCAGCACACCGUCCCUCCAGUGCCCUGUCCAACCAGGUCGAAGUGGGGUUGGAAGACCAGGGAGGGGAGCUGUCCCCUCUGUCCCCGUCUGUCCACUCUGACACCAUUGUGUCUGGCGUGGAGCCAGGUGCUCGUAAUAAAUGUCUGCUGAAUGAA